GAAACUAUUGCUUUUAGUUGCAAAUAUUUUUUUCUGAAGAGCAAGAAAUGUCCUCUGAUGACUGAAUUAUGCAUAGCCAACUGAGGGUUAUAUUUAGCUCUUGUUUUCAAACACAGUGCCCCCAUUACUCAGCUGAGUAAGUUGGCAACCACUUGCUGUAUAAAUACCUGCAGCCUGUGAAGUUGGACCACUAAAAUGGCUUGCGAAGUGAAAGAGGGGGAGAAUUCUGGACUCAUUGUAGAAGAUCUUUCAGUGGCACAUACCAAGACUGAUGUGGAAUUAGAGGACGAUGUGGUGCCUGACACAGUCCUUUACGUGGAGACAGAGUCUUUCUUUGUGAACCGAAAAAAAAUGGCAGACCUUAGUCCAUACUUCCGUGCUCUGUUCUAUGGUGGCGGCAAAGAGAGCUCUAAAAAACACAUUGGGAUUAAAGGAGUACAUGAAGAACAGUUUCGCAUACUCAUGGAAUUUACUGAGACUCUUAAACUACCUCUAAAUAGACAAAAUGUUCUGGGAAUCUUGGAGACAGCUGACUUCCUUCAGCUGGAAAAGGCCAGGCUGCUAUGUUGUAAAUUCCUUGAGAGGGAGCUACACCUAAGUAACUGUUUGGGCAUGAUGGCGUAUGCUUGGCAGUUAGGCUGUUCACAGCUAUAUGCUGCAGCCAGAGAUGUAGCCCUUACCCACCUACCUGCCAUAGCAUCUGACGAAGACUUCCUGUAUCUCUCAAAGGAGAGUGUGGCAGAUCUCCUUGCUAGUGAUGACCUAUACAUACUAAGAGAGGACGUGGCCUUUGAGGUGACUCUGCGCUGGGCGACCUUUGACCCCAGUAGGGAGGAUGACUUCAUGGAGCUGAUUGGACUGGUGCGGCCAGAGUCCCUGACCCUUCCCUACCUCACAGAGCUACUCACCAGGCUCAAGGGUUCUGACCCCCGUGCCAAACUUAUCUGCAAGCUCAACGACAACAUCCCUGCUAGCUGGAACGCGGGACGGUCCUUGCCUCGGAGUCGUUCGAGAGAAUCGCUGUUUAUGAUUGGUGGGCCACAUGAUGUUGAUGCACAGCCACUGUAUCAGUUCAACCCGCGUAGCAGUAGGUGGCAGUGCUGCGCUCCAUUUCAGAGAAAAAAACUCACACAGUACUCAGUUGCAGCAGUAGAGGACAAUGUGGUGGUCACAGGGGGCUACUUCCGUGAGAUCGGGUGGUACUGUGUGGACUGGGUACAAAUGUACCAGUGCAGAAACAAACGCUGGGUGGAUGGACCCGCGCUGCAGAAGUCUAGACGCAGCCAUUGUUCAGUCGGGGUGGGCAACAGGCUGUACGUGAUGGGCGGCAGCAUGGACGAGGGAGUCGUGGAUGACAUGGAGGUGCUUCUGCUGGGAUCAGAUGCCUGGGAGGAGGCUAGCCCCAUGGUGCGAGCAGUGGAGAGAGCAGCAGUGGUCACCAUGGGCUCCUGCAUCUAUGUGGCCUGUGGGCUGGAUGAGAUGGGGGAGGUGUUCAGUGGGAUUCAGCGCUAUCAGAUGAAGACUGAUCAAUGGGACGUGGUCUCGCGGUGCCCUCAUCCACGCUAUGAUUUUCUGGCGACGGAACUGAAUGGAGCUCUCUACCUCUUUGGAGGACUGGCAUUGCGACUGGAUAUUGAAACCGAUGAGUGGACCUUACUGGAGGAGGAGUGCCUGGACAGGAAGUUUUUCACUGGUUGUGCUACUGCCAGCGGGCAAAUCUACCUGUUAAGUGAGCAAAAGAUGAAGAAAGCCAUUCCCAACAUGGUUCUCCUUGAUCCUUACAUUGACACUUGCAUAGAAGUAGAUGAUGCAAUACCUUGCCCUGUCCCUGUACAUGGAUGUGUCACCAUCCGUAUGAUAGACUGUUGAAACAGAAACAUGAAACUCUGAAUACAUUUACUAACUUUAGUGCUCUCUGGCAGAUUAUAUGGCAAUAUUUCUUUCAGCUCUUGUCAAGCAAUCAUGUCAUUUUUAAGCACUGCUUAGUUUUAUUACACUGUACUGAAGGUUUGGGCACAUUACUAAUACAAUAGUUUGUAAACAGAUGUCAAGCACUAAACGUAGAGAAGAGAACAAAGGAGUGGCUUUGGAGAAAGUCUGUGCAUGUCCUUGAGUAGCCCAGCCAGAGCCCAGAUCUGAAUCCAAUUAAACAUCUGUGGAAAGAGCUGAAAAUGGCUGUGUACCGACGCUCCCCAUCCAACCUGACAGAGCUUGCAAGGAUUUGCCAAGAGGAAUUGGCAAAAAUGUCCAGAAACAAGUGUGCCAAGCUCGUAGCUUCUUUACCAAGAUGCCUUGAAGCUGUAAUCGAUGCCAAAGGUGUGGCAACCAAGUAUUAGGCUUAGGGUGUGUACAGAUAUGUAACCCCUAAAUAACCUAUUUUUUCAUUGUAAAAUAAAAUUGCAUAUUUUCUAAAAA